UCAUUUUGAUAUAAUGUUAAUUAGAAUUCCCGAGCAAGCAAGAAGGGGAUAUAAAGGAUAAGGAGGGCGAGAGAGCGAGAGAGAGAUGAAAUCAAUGGCGUUAUCAAACUGCAUUCCACAGACACAGUGCAUGCCAUUGCGCAGCAGCGGGCAUUACAGGGGUAAUUGUAUCAUGUUGUCAAUUCCAUGUAGUUUAAUUGGAAGACGAGGUUAUUAUUCACAUAAGAAGAGGAGGAUGAGCAUGAGUUGCAGCACAAGCUCAGGCUCAAAGUCAGCGGUUAAAGAAGCAGGAUCAGGAUCAGGUGCAGGAGGAUUGCUAGACUGCGUAAUCGUUGGAGGUGGAAUUAGCGGGCUUUGCAUCGCGCAGGCUCUUUGUACAAAACACUCCUCUUCCUCGUCCUCUUUAUCCCCAAAUUUUAUAGUGACAGAGGCCAAAGACAGAGUUGGCGGCAACAUCGUCACUGUGGAGGCCGAUGGCUAUAUCUGGGAGGAGGGACCCAAUAGCUUCCAGCCUUCCGACGCGGUGCUCACCAUGGCGGUCGACAGUGGCUUGAAAGAUGAGUUGGUGCUCGGAGAUCCCAAUGCUCCUCGCUUUGUGCUGUGGAAUGACAAAUUAAGGCCCGUACCUUCCAGUCUCACCGACCUCCCUUUCUUCGACCUCAUGACCAUUCCCGGCAAGAUUAGGGCUGCUCUUGGUGCUCUCGGAUUUCGCCCUUCUCCUCCACCUCAUGAGGAAUCUGUUGAACACUUUGUGCGUCGUAAUCUCGGAGAUGAGGUCUUUGAACGCUUGAUUGAACCCUUUUGUUCAGGUGUGUAUGCCGGUGAUCCUGCCAAGCUGAGUAUGAAAGCUGCUUUUGGGAAGGUCUGGAAGUUGGAGCAAAAGGGUGGCAGCAUAAUUGCUGGCACUCUCAAAGCUAUACAGGAAAGAGGGAGUAAUCCUAAGCCGCCCCGUGACCAGCGCCUCCCUAAACCAAAGGGUCAGACUGUUGGAUCCUUUAGAAAGGGACUCGUUAUGUUGCCUACCGCCAUUUCUGCUCGACUUGGCAGUAGAGUGAAACUAUCUUGGACCCUUUCUAGUAUCGUAAAGUCACUCAAUGGAGAAUAUAGUCUGACUUAUGAUACCCCAGAUGGCUUGGUUUCUGUAAGAACCAAAAGUGUUGUGAUGACUGUCCCAUCAUAUGUUGCAAGUAGGCUUCUUCGUCCACUUUCAGACUCUGCUGCAGAUUCUCUUUCAAAAUUUUACUAUCCACCAGUUGCAGCAGUGUCACUUACUUAUCCUAAAGAAGCGAUCAGAUCAGAAUGCUUGAUUAAUGGUGAACUUCAAGGUUUCGGGCAACUACAUCCCCGCAGUCAGGGUGUGGAAACCUUGGGAACAAUUUAUAGUUCGUCUCUUUUCCCUGGUCGAGCACCACCUGGUAGGAUCUUGAUCUUGAGCUACAUCGGAGGUGCUAAAAAUCCUGGCAUAUUAAACAAGUCGAAAGAUGAACUUGCCGAGACAGUUGACAAGGACCUGAGAAGAAUGCUUAUAAAUCCUGAUGCAAAACUUCCUCGUGUACUGGGUGUGAGAGUAUGGCCUCAAGCAAUACCCCAGUUUUCUAUUGGGCACUUUGAUCUGCUCGAUGCUGCAAAAGCUGCUCUGACAGAUACAGGGGUCAAAGGACUGUUUCUUGGUGGCAACUAUGUUUCAGGUGUUGCCUUGGGGCGGUGUAUAGAGGGUGCUUAUGAGUCUGCAGCUGAGGUAGUAGAUUUCCUCUCACAGUACUCAGACAAAUAGAGCUUCAGCAUCCUGUGUAAUUCAACACAGGCCUUUUUGUAUCUGUUGUGCGCGCAUGUAGUCUGGUCGUGGUGCUAGGAUUGAUUAGUUGCUCUGCUGUGUGAUCCACAAGAAUUUUGAUGGAAUUUUUCCAGAUGUGGGCAUUAUAUGUUGCUGUCUUAUAAAUCCUUAAUUUGUACGUUUAGUGAAUUACACCGCAUUUGAUGACUAUCUAUCUUUUUCAUGUCUGGCUGGAAAAAAUUGUUUCGAGUAAUAAUGAAAAAUCCGACUAUCCUGUUACUCAUCA